AUGUCUUUGCUUUCAGAUCUCAUCAACCUCAACCUCUCGGAAUCCACAGAAAAGAUCAUUGCUGAGUACAUAUGGGUUGGGGGAUCUGGUAUGGAUGUCAGAAGCAAAGCCAGGACUCUUCCUGGACCAGUGGAUGACCCUGCAAAACUUCCAAAAUGGAACUAUGAUGGGUCUAGCACAGAUCAAGCUCCAGGGGAUGAUAGUGAAGUCAUCCUAUACCCACAGGCUAUUUUCAAGGACCCCUUUAGGAGAGGCAAUAAUAUUCUAGUGAUUUGUGAUGUGUACACCCCAGCUGGUGAGCCACUUCCAACCAACAAAAGAUAUGAUGCUGCCAAAAUUUUCAGUCACCCUGAUGUUGUUGCUGAGGUACCAUGGUAUGGAAUUGAGCAAGAAUACACCUUGUUGCAGAAAGAUGUGAAUUGGCCACUUGGGUGGCCACUUGGAGGGUUUCCUGGACCACAGGGACCAUACUACUGUGGAGUUGGUGCUGAUAAAGCCUACGGUCGUGAUAUUGUUGAUGCACAUUACAAAGCUUGUGUUUAUGCAGGAAUUAACAUUAGUGGCAUCAAUGGAGAGGUUAUGCCUGGCCAGUGGGAAUUCCAAGUUGGUCCUUCUGUUGGUAUCUCUGCUGGAGAUGAAGUGUGGGCUGCUCGCUACAUUUUGGAGAGGAUCACAGAGUUAGCAGGAGCAGUUGUUUCAUUUGAUCCUAAGCCUAUUCCGGGAGAUUGGAAUGGAGCUGGAGCACACACAAACUAUAGCACCAAGUCCAUGAGAGAAGAGGGUGGUUAUGAAGUGAUAAAGAAGGCCAUUGAAAAGCUUGGAUUGAGGCACAAAGAGCACAUUGCAGCAUAUGGAAAAGGUAAUGAGAGACGUCUCACUGGAAGACAUGAAACUGCAGACAUCAACACCUUCUCUUGGGGUGUUGCAAAUCGUGGAAGCUCUGUUAGAGUUGGAAGAGACACAGAGAAAAAUGGGAAAGGUUACUUUGAGGACAGAAGGCCUGCUUCUAAUAUGGAUCCUUAUGUUGUCACCUCCAUGAUUGCAGAGACCACCAUCCUCCGGAAACCAUGA